AUGCCUCGCGAUCCGCUCAUCGGCCUCGUUGGCAAGCCUUCAGCCGGCAAAAGCACCACGCUCAACAGCUUGACAGAUGCCUCCUCUAAAGUCGGCAACUUUCCGUUCACAACGAUCGACCCUCAGCGCGCAAUCGGCUACCUCCAGAUCGACUGCGCAUGUGCUCGACACAACGUCUCCGAAAAGUGUCGACCCAACUACGGGGCUUGCGUCGACGGCCGGAGAUCAGUGCCCAUUGAGCUACUGGACGUGGCAGGGCUCGUGCCGGGCGCCCACCAGGGCCGUGGCUUGGGGAAUAAGUUCUUGGAUGAUCUGCGCCAUGCAGAUGCGUUGAUACACGUCGUUGACGCCUCGGGCACGGUGGAUGCCGAAGGCAAGGAAACCAGAGGAUACGACCCCUCGGUCGACAUUGCGUGGCUACGGAGCGAGAUUGUGGCCUGGAUCCUGGGGAACCUAACGCAGAAGUGGGGCUCCAUCCGGAGGAGGCACAUUGCCGUCAAGGCCACGGCGGUCGAGACGCUGCAAGGUCAAUUCUCUGGGUACGGUGCGACAUCUACUGUCAUCAACCGGACGCUUGAUAGAGCGGGCAUCAAGGAAAACCUGGAGGACUGGAGCGACGAGACGGUGAAGCACAUGGUCCACGCCUUCGUGGACGAGAAGUUUCCCACCGUCAUUGCGCUCAACAAAAUCGACCACCCGGACGCCGACAAGAACAUUUCCAAGAUAGCCAAGAUGCAAGAUCCCCAGACGAUUGUGCUCUGUUCGGCCAUUUCAGAGAUCUUCCUGCGGAAAAUGGCGAAACAAGGGUACAUCAAGUACGUGGAGGGCAGCGAGUUCAUCGACACCAAAGAGGAUCUGAUCGAGCAGGGCGAUCCCACGGGAGGCGGUCUCAAAGACCUGGACGAGAAGAACCGAACCCGCAUCGAGAACCUAAAGGACAUGGUGCUCUACAGAUUCGGAUCGACAGGCGUCGUGCAAGUGCUGUCGAGGGCGGCGGCGCUGCUCGGCCUUGUGCCCGUCUUUCCCGUGCGGAACACGUCGACCUUCCAGUCGGGCGCGGCCGACUCCAAAUUUGUGUUCCGCGACUGCGUGUUGGUGAAGAAGGGCUUGACGGUAGGCGAUGUUGCGCGCAAGGUCAUGGGCGACGCCCCGAUAGCGUACAUUGAGGGAGUCGGCAACAUGAGGGUAGCAGAGGAUGACCCAGUGGCGGUUGGGAAAAACGAUAAUCCCCAAUCCGAUGGCUAUUUCCGCGACCACAGCGACACUCCGUGA